AUGGCUAGCCGGCAUGUCACGAAGCUCAGCAAAUCGGCGAUGGUUUUGGCGGCCAUGAACGGCGCCUCCAGAACCUCAAGGAGAACCCUCACUCGGUGCCGUGAAACAGCAGUGGCUGCCGCCCCAAACCUUUCCCCGGCUCCCUUCUCUCGAGCCAGUAAUGUCGUUUGGGAUCCAAGUCAUGUCGUUUUGGCAAACGCCUUCACUCGGAGCUUUCACUCCUCCGCUCCUCGUCUCUACUCCGCCAGCAGCAGCGCCGCUCAGGCUCAGCAGAACGAGUUCACUGAGAUGGCGUGGGAGGGCAUAAUUGGGGCGGUUGAGGCCGCCAGAGUCAGCAAGCAACAGGUGGUGGAAUCUGAGCACUUGAUGAAAGCGCUUUUGGAGCAGAAGGAUGGUUUGGCCAGGCGGAUCUUCACCAAGGCUGGUCUGGACAACACUAGUGUUCUCCAGGCCACUGAUGACUUCAUUGCUCAGCAACCCAAGGUGAUGGGUGGCACCAGUGGACCUAUAAUAGGCUCGCAUCUGGGGGUUCUGUUGGACAAUGCGCGACGGCAGAAGAAAGAAAUGAAUGAUGAUUUUGUGUCUGUGGAGCACCUGCUGUUGGCGUUUCAGUCGGAUACACGGUUUGGGCAGCAAUUGUUCAAAAACCUUCAGCUUAGCGAAAAGGAUUUGAAGGAGGCUGUUAAACAUGUUCGGGGAAACCAGAGAGUCACUGAUCAGAAUCCUGAAGGAAAAUAUGAGGCUUUGACAAAGUAUGGAAAUGACUUGACUGAGCUCGCCAGUCGUGGCAAACUUGAUCCUGUUAUUGGACGGGAUGAUGAAAUACGGCGUUGCAUCCAGAUAUUGUCCAGGAGAACAAAAAAUAAUCCCGUUAUUAUUGGGGAGCCUGGUGUGGGGAAAACAGCAAUUGCUGAAGGAUUAGCUCAACGGAUUGUGCGUGGGGAUGUUCCAGAACCCCUGUUGAACAGAAAGUUGAUUUCCUUAGAUAUGGGUUCGUUGGUGGCUGGAGCCAAGUUUCGCGGUGACUUUGAGGAAAGAUUGAAAGCUGUAUUGAAGGAAGUUACUGCUUCAAAUGGACAGAUCAUAUUAUUCAUUGAUGAGAUUCACACUGUAGUAGGAGCAGGGGCUACAAGUGGUGCAAUGGAUGCUGGGAACUUGUUGAAACCAAUGCUUGGACGGGGUGAGCUACGGUGUAUAGGAGCAACCACGUUGAAUGAGUACAGAAAGUACAUCGAGAAGGAUCCUGCACUGGAACGAAGAUUUCAGCAGGUGUUUUGUGGUCAGCCAUCUGUCGAAGACACAAUAUCCAUUCUCCGUGGGUUGCGUGAGCGCUAUGAGCUGCAUCAUGGUGUGAAAAUAUCAGAUAGUGCCCUUGUUUCUGCAGCAGUUCUUUCUGACAGAUACAUUACAGAACGGUUUUUACCUGACAAAGCUAUUGAUCUUGUUGAUGAAGCUGCUGCAAAGCUAAAAAUGGAGAUUACCUCUAAGCCAACUGAGUUAGACGAGGUAGACAGAGCUAUACUGAAAUUGGAGAUGGAGAAGCUAUCUUUGCAAAAUGACACAGAUAAAUCAUCGAAAGAAAGGUUAAGCAAGCUGGAGAGUGACCUCGCAUUGCUCAAACAGAAACAAAAAGAAUUUAAUGAACAGUGGGAUCGUGAAAAGGCCCUCAUGACUCGAAUACGAUCAAUUAAAGAAGAGAUUGAUAGAGUAAACCAAGAGAUGGAAGCUGCUGAACGUGCGUAUGACCUAAGUCGUGCAGCAGAGCUCAAAUAUGGAACUCUCAUGUCCCUGCAGCGCCAGUUAGAAGAGGCUGAGAAAAACCUUGCUGAGUACCAGAAGUCUGGAAAAUCUUUUCUACGAGAAGAAGUCACCGAUCUUGACAUUGCUGAGAUUGUAAGCAAAUGGACUGGUAUACCCUUGUCAAACCUUCAACAGUCAGAAAGAGACAAGCUAGUCAUGCUAGAACAGGUACUUCAUAAGAGGGUAGUGGGUCAAGAUAUAGCCGUGAAAUCGGUAGCUGAUGCAAUUAGGCGUUCAAGGGCAGGUCUCUCGGACCCUAACCGCCCUAUUGCAAGUUUUAUGUUUUUGGGUCCUACUGGUGUGGGAAAAACAGAGCUUGGAAAGACCUUGGCCAGCUUCCUCUUCAACACUGAAAAUGCUCUGGUUAGGAUUGAUAUGAGUGAGUACAUGGAGAAGCAUGCAGUUUCACGUUUGGUGGGUGCCCCGCCUGGUUAUGUUGGUUAUGAAGAAGGCGGACAAUUAACAGAAGUGGUUCGUCGAAGACCCUAUUGUGUAGUGUUAUUCGAUGAAAUAGAGAAAGCACAUCAGGAUGUGUUCAAUAUUUUGUUACAAUUGCUGGAUGAUGGAAGGAUUACCGAUUCACAAGGAAGGACUGUAAGCUUCACCAAUUGUGUUGUGAUAAUGACCUCAAAUCUUGGCUCCCAGUAUAUACUCGAAACUCUUCGUAAUACUCAAGACAGCAAGGAUGCAGUUUAUGAACUGAUGAAAAGACAAGUGGUUGAACUGGCGAGACAAACUUUCCGCCCUGAGUUUUUGAAUCGAGUCGAUGAGUUCAUCGUGUUCCAGCCUCUGGACUCCAAAGAGAUCUGUAAGAUUGUUGAGAUACAGAUGAACCGGUUGAAAGAUAGGCUGAAGCAAAAGAAAAUCGAGCUUCAUUAUACAGAGGAAGCUCUUGAGCUUCUUGGUAAUUUGGGCUUCGAUCCGAACUAUGGAGCGAGGCCCGUUAAGAGGGUGAUACAGCAGCUGGUUGAGAAUGAGAUUGCAAUGGGAGUGUUGAGAGGAGAUUACAGCGAGGAAGAUUCGAUCAUUGUUGAUGCUGAGGUGACCCCAUCUGCCAAAGAUAUUCCUCCGCAGAAGCGGUUGCGCAUCAGGAGAGUGGAGAACACUUCUUCCACGGUAGAUGACAUGGUUGCAAAUGACUGAUUUUAGAAUUUUGGUUUGUACAUUAGGACCAGAACUGGUUUGGUUUAGUGUGUGUAGACUCUGCUGUGAGACAACUGAGGAAUGGUGAGAGUAGAACUGUUGAAGAUUGAAUUAAAGACAUCAUGGUGGAUAGGUUUCCUCUUGCAUGUUUGUGGGUAUCCAAAAUAGACAGGCACUAGAAGCUAUAGAUAGAAGGGCAGUGGAGAAUGUUGUUAGAGCAGUAAUCCAAGUUUUGGGUGGACUUUGACACAGUUGGAAGAUAAAGAAAACAAGACAAACUAUGAGGUAGCCUUUUUGGUGUGCUUUGGCUUGGCAUUGCAUGAUGUGAUAUGCUAACCAAGUAGAAUAUGUUGGCACAUGUUUGCUGUCUUGUUAUAAAAAAUGUGCAUCCAGGACAUUCUCUUGGCCUUAGUACUGUCUGUUCAACCCAAAACGGUAGACAGAUACAUCAUUCAUUCUCCCCAUCCUACAAUGCAAAAUUUCCUUUGUUUAGGAAACUAAUCAUGAAUUUAUGCCCCCAAACAAGAAAUUAUCAU